AGUAACAUCUGAAACAGACUUAUCCUUUGAGUGAUUAAAGAGAUUUCUCACUCCCUACUUAUUGGACAUGGUGCCAAGAUCUUGGACAACCUGAUUUUUCUUUGAGGACUCAUUAACCACCACCUUUGAAAGAAACCUCUUUUAUUUUCAGUCAUGAAUGGGACUUUCUUUAACCAGACUAUGAUAGAUCAAGAAGUUUACAAUCAGUCCUCCCAAGACCUUGGCUCAAUUAUGGGAUGCUGCAAUGGUACCCAGACUGUCAUUAUUAGUGAUGGGGGGUCUCUAGUCCUCAGUCCUGAUGAGAGGAGCAUGUUUAUCUCACGUGUGGUACAAAUUGCUGUUGUGUGUGUCCUCUCCCUCACUGUCAUUUUUGGGAUAUUUUUCCUGGGGUGCAACUUGCUUAUAAAAUCUGAAAGCAUGAUAAACUUCCUUGUAAAAGACAGGAGACCUUCAAAGGAUGUGGGGGCUGUCAUUUUGGGUCUGUAUUGAAUAAUAAUAAAACAAAAGAAACAAUUAUCUAUGUGAUGGAUCCCAACCCUGGACAUCUGAAGAAAACCAACAAAGACAAUGUUGCACUGAUUCCUAUAACCCUGUGUCUGCAGGGGGUAUAAUGAUAAAAAACUAUGUGAAGGAAUGUACACUCAGCUGCUAUAUGUACAAUGGACAUAUACAUAACAUACGUGCCAGGAACUCCAGCACUAUCCUGUAGGUCUUCUGAUAGUAGCCAACUUGCAUUUUUUUUAUAUAGAUGUUAAUUUGAGGUAAUUCAUUUUGUGUACUGAUA